GCCGGCCACCAGGGGGCGCCGCUCGCGGCCCCGGAGUACGGGGGAGCGGCAGAGGCCGGCCCGGCGGCGGCCAUGGACCGCUUCGUGUGGACCAGCGGCCUCCUGGAGAUCAACGAGACGCUGGUGAUCCAGCAGCGUGGGGUGCGCGUCUACGACGGCGAGGAGAAGAUAAAAUUCGAUGCUGGGACUCUUCUUCUUAGUACACACCGGCUGAUUUGGAGAGACCAAAAAAACAAUGAGUGCUGCAUGGCCAUUCCUCUGUCCCAGGUCGUGUUUAUUGAGGAACAGGCAGCUGGGAUUGGGAAGAGUGCCAAAAUUGUGGUUCAUCUGCAUCCCCCUCCGUCCAACAAAGAGCCUGGUCCAUUCCAGAGCAGUAAGAACUCCUACAUCAAACUCUCCUUCAAAGAGCAUGGCCAGAUUGAAUUUUAUAGGCGUUUGUCAGAGGAGAUGACACAGAGAAGAUGGGAAAAUGUGCCAGUUUCCCAGUCAUUACAAACAAAUAAAGGACCCCAGCCAGGAAGAGUAAGAGCUGUAGGAAUUGUAGGUAUCGAAAGGAAACUUGAAGAGAAAAGAAAAGAAACUGACAAAAACAUUUCUGAGGCCUUUGAAGAUCUUAGCAAGCUUAUGAUUAAGGCUAAGGAAAUGGUGGAAUUAUCAAAAUCAAUUGCCAAUAAGAUUAAAGAGAAACAAGGCGAUGUCACAGAAGAUGAAACCAUCAGGUUUAAGUCCUACUUGCUGAGUAUGGGAAUAGCCAACCCAGUUACCAGGGAAACCUAUGGCUCAGGCACACAGUACCACAUGCAGCUAGCCAAACAGCUGGCUGGAAUAUUGCAGGCACCUUUAGAGGAACGUGGGGGAAUAAUGUCACUCACAGAGGUGUACUGUUUAGUGAACCGAGCCCGAGGAAUGGAAUUGCUCUCACCAGAAGAUUUAGUGAAUGCAUGCAAGAUGCUGGAAGCCCUGAAAUUACCUGUCAGGCUUCGGGUGUUUGACAGCGGUGUCAUGGUAAUUGAGCUUCAAACCCACAGAGAAGAGGAGAUGGUGGCCUCAGCACUAGAGACAGUUUCAGAAAGGGGAUCCUUAACAUCAGAAGAGUUUGCCAAACUUGUGGGGAUGUCUGUCCUCCUGGCUAAAGAAAGGCUGCUACUCGCAGAGAAGAUGGGCCAUCUUUGCCGAGAUGACUCCGUGGAAGGCUUGCGGUUUUACCCAAAUUUAUUUAUGACACAGAACUAAGAAUUUUGUAUCUGAUGUACCUUUUGUCAGUAGACUUGGCAUUAUGCCAAGAUCAUAUGAUAUUGAGCUAAGAGAUGAAUACAAAUAAACCAAGAAUUUGUUAGAACUUCACAAUAUAAUAUAAAACUCUUAAUCUUUCCCUAAAAUUAUGGUCUCAGAAAUGUAUUUAGGGUACAUAUAGGAAAAAUACAGAAAAAUGAAUAUGAAUAUUCAUUUAAAGUCAUGCUAUAGUUGUGUAGAACCCUUGGAAUUUAACUUGAAACAUGGAGGAUUUUAAUUUUAUCCUUGAAUUUAGGUCCUCUGAGGAAGAAGUAAAGUUGUAUGUUUGAAUCACUCAGAUAAUCAUUUUCUGUGCUAAACUUCACCAAAUUGUAAAUGUUUUUCUCUGCAUCUAAUGUGUCCAUCUUGGGCAUUCAUGAAGGAAGUAUUACCUACACUCACUGUAGUUUAAGAACCAUAAACACAGAGUAAAAGGUCAAACUGCAGAGUGGCGUGCCAGGUCUUCCUUGGCUUUGGAAGCAGACAUAGGUGUGUCUCUACCCGGUCAGAUAAAGCCCUUUGAAAAAGGAGACAGCUAGGUCUAAUUUACUUGGAGAGUAUUUGCCUAGAAGGCAGAGGCCUUGGAUUUCAGCUCUACCACCCAAGUAAUGGGGGGAAAAGAAUGAGAAAUGGCUAUGCAUUUAUUCCUCAGGUUCUUUUUAGGUUUUAAGUGAUAAUUUCAUGACCGGCAUUUUAAAAGACUGCAGCAGUAUCAUUUUGUUUAAGAAACAUGGAUUUUGAAACUGAAUUAAAGAGCUAUAUGGACACACCCAGAGUUGAAAUUACAAGUCUGAGAGUUGGACAGUUCUGGAAGGGCAUUAACUGCAUAGGACCUUAAGUGCUCUUGGAAGCCAAGGAUGUGAAGUAGGAAAUGGAAAAGUUGGCAGAUCUCCUUUCUCCUCUCACAGGGAAUCUCAACAUUCAACUAGAAACAUUCCUGUCAAAGCCCAGCCAUUUGCCCUUCUCAUGCCCUACAUGCUGUAAGUUGUGUGGAGGAGGCAUCGGAGAGAAAAGUUUUGUUGAUAGCAAAAACUGGCUUUAUUGCCUAGAGAUUGCUGGAGUUUUUAACUGAGUUGCCUGACUUCAUACGUGUAGUAUGUGGGCAUUACCUCAAACUCAGGGAGCCCUAUUAGAGGCUUAGCUGGAAUUGGAAGGGCCCCAGAACUACAGGGAGGGGUGUGCCCAGGCCAGGCACACGGGAGCUUGAGGAUACUCUCUGGAUGAGGUGGAGGCCACCGCAGAUGCCCUGUGGAGAAGUGCCAGUGUCCUCAGCUGUAAACCAGGGAACCCCACCCCGAUCCUUCCUGGGAAGUGGCUGCCCAUUGCUUCUUCCUCCAGUAUCAUGAGAAUGCUGUGGCCAGGGCAGCCUCCCUUAGUCUUGUUUUACAAAUCUGUCACUUAUUUUCAAGUGUAGUGACAUCUCCCCUAAUCACCUCAUUGUUUAGCUCAGGUUUACUAUAUGGUUAAUUCAUUGUUGGCUGCUCAAAUGUUCUAGGGGUUGGUUACCAUUGUGUCAGUUUAUUAGUGUGUCUCACAUAUCUCUCUCAGCCGCACACAGUCUGUCACAUGGCUCUGGCAGACUUACACACACACACACACACACACACACACUUCCUCCCUCUCUCUCUCUCUCUCUCUCUCUCUCUCUCUCUCACACACACACACACACACACACACACAUCUGACUGAGGUUCUUUAAAUCAAUUACUGAUAAUCUGUUCUACCACUUAGAUUUAUUGUAAGGUUGACAGCUUAUAGGGGCUGCUGAAAGUAGCUCUGAUGGUUUGGAUUCAUCACAACAAACACAUAAUACAUUUGUUCAUUUAAUGUGACAGCGAAUUAACAGGAAAUGGAGCAAUCUGAUUUGUAUAAUGUGAAUGAAAGAUGAAAAAUGACAUAAAUACACUUUGAAAAAGUCACAUAGAUAAAAAAUGAUUUGUUUUUUAUUUUUGUAAUCACUGUUUCCAUACCUUGGUUUAUCUUGUUGGCUUUUUUUUUUUUUUUUUUUUUUUUUUUUCUCUUGCCAAAUGUGUUGCUUUGGUCCUUUAGGUACAGGCUGUGUUUAAAAACAAACCAAUCAAGCCCUGGGUGCAAAAUAUUCGACUUUGGUGCUCAUCACUGUAUAAUUUUUUUUCUCUCACUUUCUCUUAGGAAAAUGAAUCUCUUUGUAAGUUUAUAAUGGAAUAGUUUAGUUCCUGUAAAGAAAAUAAAGAAAAAAAAUUUACAUUAUAUAAUUGAAGACUGUUUCCAGAGUUAGAUGAUUAGUGGUAAUGUAUAUAGAGUCAAAUUGUUGUGAAACUUUAAACUAAUUUUUUUUUAACCUUAGUGUUCUUUUUAAAAUUCUCUGUAAAAUAUAUGGAAAUGAUAAAUGAUCAGUCACAUAAAUCCAGUAUGAGAAUUUUCCUAUUUUAUAAUUAUUAAGUAGUGCUUAUGAGUUGUCUUUGAGGUUUUAUAAUGUUAUCUUUAAAAAUGGGAAACGAGUCAUAAGCUUUUUAAAGCUCUUGAUUCAGAUCUCACUGUAAACCAACCGUGCAUUCAUGUUGAUGGGUUACCAUGUGUUUCUGGUUACUAGUCUAAGUUGGUCAGAACAUGUGUUUAUUAGUUUCACACACACAUACUUAAAAGUUUAUCUUUUGCCCAAUAAUCUCUGCAUCUUCAUUUUGGUACAGUGGAGUCACAACUUGUUAGGUGGCUAGGUUUUAAAAUCUUUGCCUAAGGUCAAAAUAAAGCAUGCUCAAAAUGA